GCGAUACAAUGGAGCCGGCUCUGCGUCGAGCGGCUCACAGCCUGUGCAGGAGCUGCUCUGCAUCUUUGCGGAGGCAAAUAGCCGCAGGAGGCGCAUCGAAGCCAUGGGCGCAGGUAUCAAUCCGGAGCGUGCAUUCGUGCAAGUCGCAAGACACCAAACGUACGAUUGCGGGAUCCAAGUUGACAACUGCUCGGGAGUUUACAUCCAGCGCGAAGUCGGCUUCUGAGGCCGCUGCUGCUGGCAAAUCUCCGACAUCUACACUUCGCUUGAGCCCCGAUGACCUCUUCCACCCGUUUUCCGAAUCGCCAGUUCCUGAAUUCCGUCGCCGAGCUGCCUAUAUGAGACAGCAUGCAUACUGCCCUCACCCAGACCACAAGCAUGCCAGAGUCCCUCUCGAUGCUUCAACGGUUGACGAUGCCGCUCCAGCCACUGGAGGUGACAUGCCCCCUGCGAAUGUGGAUUUUGAGUGCCCCGAUUGUGGCAUUGCUGUGUAUUGCAGCAAAGAGCACUGGAUGGACGAUUAUGAGAAUCACCUGAAGAUCUGCGAUACUCUCCGCCAAAUCAACGAAGACGACCACGAUCUACGAUCCGGCAGAGUGUUCCACGAGGGCAAUCUCCCCGAUCUUCAGAUGGAGAAUGCUGCGGUCAACAUGACGAAUUGGGAUACGUUCAUGUAUACUCGAGAGUUUGAGGCAGUUGACUCGGACCGCUCAAUGAGGCAAAUCACUCGACUCCUUACCUACCCGAUUACAAUUGGAAGUGUUCUUCAUGAAUUGAGCCCCUACAACAUCCAGAGUGGUGGGCGUUUGACGGUCGAAGGCUUAAAGAGCUUUAGUGCUCUGAGAUAUAAUCUGCAUAUACCAAGGUCUGGUCGUGGUGCUGGCAUCAACCAACUUCGCCCAGAGCCCCCGCCAGUGAGAAUAUUCAUUCUCGGCGCUCGAGCCGAAUCAUCUCUGCCACGACCUGUAUGGGUGCAGCUGGCUCAUCUGUUCCCGGAAUCACGACUGCACCUCAUCUUUAUCGGACCAGAGAGCAUGGCCAACCGAGACGACGAAUUUCCUCUGCCGGAGCGCACGCCGUCAAAUCCAUUUGGCACUGUGGUGGAAGACCGAGUGUGGUACAACAUGAAGAUUAGCACUAUUGUGGACUAUUACCACACCAUUCACAAGACGGGUCACUUUGCACCUUACGACCCUUACUUUGAUUGUUUCAUGCUCUUCCACCCAGGUCUUGGCCACCCCGCAAGCAGCCACGACUGGGAAGAAACUCUACCCUUGCUUCUGGAGACCAAGGUGCCGAUUAUCAGCACUGGAUAUACCCAGGUCGACUUGGAUCGUGACGUUGAAUGGGUGAGGAAGAAGUCAGGAGGGGAGUUUGACGUGCUGCUGGAACCUGGAGAGAACAAAUUCCGGAGUCUGCGAUGGGACCUUGACGACAUGGACCCUCAGGAUAUCAGCUGUGGUAACUGGGGCGUUUGGGCGUUCCGAGGCAAGAGAGAAGAAGAAGAAACCCCAAAGGAACCUGCGACCCAACAGGCGACCCAACUUUACCUUGACGACCAGCCUCCUCUGUGCAGUUCCGUGCAGUUCCGCUCCGUUCUCUUGACUUCGUCAUCGCCUCUCCGCCUCUCCGCCUCCCCGCCUCUUGCGCGCAAUGAUCCUGCGACGACGCCGCUCGACUCGCCGGCCAUGAUAGCCGCCUCCGCUUCAGCUCCCCCUCCUCUCGCCAGAGCCUCGACGAGGUCAAAACAUGCUGCCGCCUCUCCGCCUCCCGAGGCCGGCGCCGCAGAUCGCCGGAGCACUCGUGCCGUGCCGAUCGACCCGCUGUCUGAUCGGGCCACGCUGAACCUCAUCCGCCGGACGCUGUGCCCGCAGCAUCUGGGAGACAAAGGCCGAGAUACUCAGCCCACCAUCCGGGAACUGCUGCCACCGUUGACGAGCCGCGACGAUGUCGACUUGCAGCUGUACGCCUUCCUUGCCAUCAUCAUGCGGGAGUUUGUUCAGAGCUGGUACAGCAAGAUCACUGCCGACGAGACGUUUGUACCCGAGAUUCUGCGCAUCAUUGCACACUGCACCACGGCGCUGGAGCAGAGGUUUAGCAAGUUAGACCUCGAGAGCUUGCUCCUGGACGAGAUACCAGACCUGCUCGAUAGACAUGCUACAGGCUACACGGCUGUAGAGCUACAACGAGAGAAUGAGGCUACUUAUCGCCAGUUGCUAGUCCAAGGCGUUCUGGCCAUCCUGCUCCCUACUGAAGAUUUAGAGAACCCUUGCCUAACGGCCCUCGUGGAGCAAAUCUUCUCGGAGCUAAUCAUUGGCAAUGUCAUUGCUGGCAAAGCAUCCCAGCCCUGGCUGCUCUACGAGGCCAUCUGUAUCACCGCAAAGUCAUUGGGUGAGCAGAAAGAUAGGACAAAGGCAAGGAUCGUGUCUGGGAAAGACCAGCCAUCGGACCUUGGUCAGGAUGCGGCCAAGUCCCAAAAGUGGACGGCCCAAGGGAUCUUUGUGUUGAUUAUUCACUUGGGAAUCCUCUUCUUCAACGCACUUCGGCUCAUGGCCGGCACCUUGGCGGACUCCAUAUCGUUACCUCCUAGGACGGCGCUUCAUCUCGAUGAGGAAGCCGCAGAAGGCGCUCAUAACGACAAGCAACCACCACAAUCAACGGAUACGAACCUCAGGGCUAAAGUACCUGUACUUAGCUUCAGGCUUUGGGCUUGUUUCGGAAAUCUGAUUGAGCUGGAGGAGAGGAAACCCUGGCUGGGUGGCUUCAUAUCGCUGUUACAGACGGCGGCCAUCAACGGGCCAUGGUGCAUUGCGGGGCUUAAUGGCCCUCUCGACAGACUCCUCGCGCACCAUAUUCAAUCUCUCUUCGACUCGUCUCGUCUACCACCCAUCCUUCGGUCGCUCCGAGGCGCCCUGUUUCCUAACAACAGCCCCGGCACGUCCACUCUUGUAGCUCCCCGGUCGGAGAAGGAGCUGCUCGCUCUGCGCCGCAGGGCCGCCAGCGCUAUUUCGGACUUGCUCCCUGCAAGCGUGACCCGCGUGUACUUCGGCCGUCGGCAUUGGCGCUUGGGCGGGCUAUUUGGCCCUGGCGAUGAUGGCGGAUCGUCGUCUGCGGUGACCGAUGAGGAAGACGACGAGAGGAUCUUGGAUGAGCUCGAGAGUCUCCUCGAUGUCGUUGGGGAUGAGUACUGCAACAAACACUUGAUGUAUAGCGCUUUAGAAUUGCUUCUCGUGAGGCUGAUGCCAGAGCUAAGCGACAAAGGCGUUGUGGAGCUGUGGGAAGACAGACUUGGCUAAUAGGCACCCGCGAAUACACCUUAUUGGUGGCUUUCGAGCGGUACUUGGAGUGCAUAAACAAGUCUUUCGCGCAUGUAUGCUACUUGUACAGAUAGGAUCAUUGUGCUCGCAGUGUAUUGCAGCUUCUGCCUAGCCCCUGUUCUAGGUCCCGUCUACGGAGUAGACACCUGCUCUUGGCCUCCACAUGGAUAAACAAUCGGCAUGUACCCAGU